GACCCACGGAGAGCUGACAUGCAGCCUGCAGACAAACGAGCCCAGACCCACAGGACGCCCUUCUCCGUGGACGACAUUCUGGAUCCUGCAAAGUUCACCAGGAGGAGAGUCUGUGCUGAGGAAGCUGAGGCAACAGGUGAGAGGAAAACGACAGGAAAAUGACCUCCAUGCAAGAAUAUUUUCUGUAAGAUAAAAUAGAAAGUACGGUGGCCGAGAACUGCUACUGCUGCAAAUAAAAAAGGAUGUAAAAAAAAAGAGUCACAACGGAAGUUACUGAUGCAAAAAAAAAGACAAGAUAGAAACUGAAGCCCACUAAAAAUAAAAUAAAUUUAAAUUAAAAAUCCAAGACUAGCUCAAAACUCCUCACAGGAACAGUUUUCUUUUUAUUUAACAGAGUAUUGUUUGGGUUUUUGCAUCUUUAUAUCUUUUUUUAAAUAUGAUUUUAAGGCCCUUUUAAUGGCUUAUUAAAUGUCUUAGGGGUCUUGGACCUUCUUAUCUUUCAGAAUAGCUUUUACAAUACGAACCCUCACAGACCCUGAGAUCCUCUGGCACUGGCCUUUCAAUAGUCCCCAAAGUGAGAACACUAACUUACAGUGAGGCAUCUUUCCAGCACUAUGGCCCCCGUCUUUGGAAUAGCCUGCUGGAGGACCUUAGGGCCGCAGAGAAUGUUCAUAUCUUUAAAAGCAGGCUCAAGACUCACCUAUUUAAUUUGGCUUUUAACUAAUGUCUUAUUUUUAGUCAACAUUUUUAUCUUGUUUUAUUUCAUUAAAAAAUAAAAAAGGUUUCUGUCUGCCAAAAUUAAAAAAAAGGCCCACAAUGGAAGUGAGCUGCCGGGGACCAAUAAUGAUGAUGCACCGGUGUUUUACAAUCUAGACACAGAAGACGACGGCGAGAAGACGAGCAAAGAAGUAAGUGGAAAGGUUAUUGUUUAUGAAUUUUGCUUUGUAAACUUUUCAAUGUGUCAUUUGGUUAGACCAUGUAGAGCCUAAGUCGAUAUAAAGUUGAACUGAAGCUAAAACUACACCAGCAUCCUCCAGAUUAACUUCAUAUCGACUCAGUCGCUACAUGGCCUAACCACAUUGAAAAGUUUACAAAGCGAAAUCAAACAAUAACCUUUCCACUUACUUCUUUGCUCAUCUUCUCGCCGUUGUCUUCUGUGUCUAGAUUGUAAAACACCGGUGCAUCAUCAUUAUUGGUCCCCGGCAGCUCACUUCCAUUGUGGGCCUUUUUUUUCAUUUUGGCAGACAGAAACCUUUUUUAUUUUUUGCAUUGCUUCAUCUCAUCUUUCUGCUUUUCUUUUCCUGUAACCUCAUUUUCUGAUCGUAAUAGUAGUAUGUAUCUGAAACCACUUAGGUGACUUGUGACAAUUUUAGCCUCUUAUUUUGCUAGUUUAACAACUUUUUAACCCUAAAUUUUAAAAAUAGCCAAAUAAAAAGGUGACAAUAAACUUGUGAGAGAGGGAGAGGAGAUGAUUUGAUCCCGUAAAGUCUUUAUAAAAUCUCUAACUCACAUGUUGUUUUGUCUUUUUAGGAGAUUUCCCUCCUGGAGUUGAAGCCAAAGAGCAGCAGCCUCCUCCUGCAGCAGGACUCAGCAGCCCAGAGGAAGAGGAUGAGGAAGAGGAGGAGGAGGAGGUUCAGUAUUCGGUGAAGCGUCAGAAACCUAAAAGCAAACGCCGUCGUAUCCGCACCGCCUUCACACUGCAGCAGCUGCGGGUCCUUGAAGGCAGCUUCCACAGAUGUCACUACCUGUCGGUGCUAGAGCGACACAGCAUUGCCUCCUCACUGCGCCUCUCAGAGACUCAGGUGAAGAUCUGGUUCCAGAACAGACGCACCAAGUGGAAGAAGGAGCGGCAGCAGCAGGGGGUGGAGACCGAGGAGGACUACGGCUUCACAUCUUCAUCAUCCUACUCCUCUCCUCCUCCUCCUCUCUGCUCCUCCCUGAGCUUCAGUCCUUUAUUCACAACUCCAGUCCACGUGUUCCCGCCUCUGCUGCCGUAUCAUCGUUAUUAUUUAUAA